AUGACACCACACAGAAAUGGCUCCAGUGAGGUUUCAGAAUUCCUCCUGAAUUGUUUUGUCAGGUAUCCCAGUUGGCAGCAUGGGCUGUCCCUGCCCCUCACCCUCCUCUACGUCCUGGCCAUGGGGACCAACACUAUUCUCCUCAUCACCAUCUGCAGAGAAGCCUCUCUGCACCAGCCCAUGUACUACCUGCUCAGCCUCCUCUCCCUGCUGGACGUGGUGCUCUGCCUCACUGUCAUCCCCAAGGUCUUGGCCAUCUUCUGGUUUGACCUCAGGUCCAUCAGCUUCUCCACCUGCUUCCUGCAGAUGUACAUCAUGAACUGCUUCUUUGCCAUGGAGUCCUGUACAUUCAUGGUCAUGGCCUAUGACCGCUAUGUGGCCAUCUGCCACCCACUGAGGUACCUGUCCAUCAUCAAUGAGCAAUUUGUGGCCAAGGCUGUCAUUUUUAUUUUGGCCAGGAAUGUCCUUCUUACAAUGCCUGUUCCCAUUCUCUCGGCACGGCUCCACUAUUGCAGGAGAAACGUCAUUGAGAACUGCAUCUGCGCCAAUAUGUCAGUGUCCAGGCUCUCCUGUGAUGAUGUCACCAUCAAUCGCAUCUACCAGUUUGCUGGAGGCUGGACACUGCUAGGAUCUGACCUCAUCCUCAUCUUCCUCUCCUACACCCUCAUCCUUAGAGCUGUGCUUAGACUCAAGGCAGAGGGAGCUGUGGCCAAGGCCCUGAGCACGUGUGGCUCCCACUUCAUCCUCAUCCUCUUCUUCAGCACCGUCCUGCUGGUCUUCGUCCUCACGCAUGUGGCCAAGAAAAAGGUCUCUGCUGAGGUGCCGGUCCUGCUCAAUGUCCUCCACCACGUCAUCCCUGCUGCCCUCAACCCCAUUGUUUAUGGAGUGCGCACCCAGGAGAUCAAGCAAGGCAUCCAGAGGUUACUGAGGAAAGGGUGGUAA